AGUGAUAAGAGCUUCUGUCAUUGUUGGUCCACAAUUCUUUUCUCCAGCUCUAAAGAUGCUGCUGCUGCUAAUCCUGCUGCUGUCAUUUACUGAUGACAGUCAGACUGAGCGUGUGUGGGGUGUGAAGAACAAUGGCUCGUGCGUGUGCGAGGUAAACUCCAGCAUUUGGUCAUUCCCUGUUGUGAAGUAUGAGGCUGUGCUGCAGCAGGUUCUCUACUGUGAAGAUUCUGUAGGCAACAUGCAGGAACAGGUGGGAUUAUCCCAUCAGCGUCUCCCUCAGAUCCAGGCUCUGUUUACAAAUAUGACAGCUCGGCUGCAGCCCUACCAGUACCUGCACCACCAGGGCCUGUACACUGACUUGUCUCUGCGCCUGAUGGGACAGGAGCUCAGCCAGCUGGAGACAGACAUCAGUGCCAUCCACAGCCAGUUAAACAACAGCCAAACACAGAAACUCUCUAAAGAGGUGGGUAAAUUGCGCACAGAUAUAGACAGGAAGACAAUGUCAGACACCAUUAACAUGAAGAUUGUCAAAGAGAAAUUGCGCUACCUAAAGAACAGUGCUGAGUCCUGCAAGUCAAUCCCCCAAGACUUCAGAGGCCAGGGAAGGCACUGUCUUAAAGGUCUGAUCACCAAAAUCAGCAAACCUGUUACGACGAAGAUUAGUCCCAAUGGAAAGAGCUACGUCUCUGGUUCAUGGGGCAAACAGGCGCAGAUGGACAGUGAUGAGCAGAAGACCAGCUAUUGGGUUCAGUCUCUGAUCACCAGCCACAUCUGGGGAAACACUCUGCACGUAUACCAAACCUUUGAGGACUUCAUGGCCUCUGUCAACCAAAAGAUUUUUACCUUUGCUCCAGCCCACAACCAUGCAAAUGCUAUUGAGGGUCCCAGUGCUGUCCUCUAUGGUGAAGCACUGUACUAUCACUGUUACCGCUCUGCAGAUGUUUGCCGCUACGACCUCAAAACCGAGGACGUCAAACGUGUAACACUUCCAGGCAACGGAGUGGGUUUCAACAACAAGUUCCCGUAUUGUUACUAUGACUGCCAGGCCAAUAGCGAUGUAGAUAUAGAGGCAGAUGAGACAGGUCUAUGGGCCAUCUAUGCCACUGUUGGUAACCAUGGUAAUCUAGUGGUGAGCCACCUGGUUUGGGACAGUGAAGGUGCAACACUUAAUGUCUCACAGACAUGGGAAACAAGGCUUUUCAAGAAGGCAGUGAGUAAUGCUUUUAUGGCGUGCGGCGUGCUGUAUGCCACCCGUUAUGUGGACAACAUUAUUGAAGAGGUUUUCUAUGCAUUUGACCCUGCAACAGGCAAAGAGGACAACACACUUUCACUCUCAUUGGAAAAGGUGAGUAAAGAAGUAGCCAGUGUGAGCUACAACCCCACCAACAGGCAGAUCUACAUGUACAAUAACGGAUAUCUACUCGCCUACCAGGCCCACUUCUGAUCUGGUGCAGAUGUACUCGCUAUUUCUCAUGUUAACCAUGUUCAUAUGACACAGGAAAUGAGCAAACCUGGAAACAUUUCAUUA